UACUUUGCGCACCUCGGAAAAAAACGACGACGCACAUAUCGAACCGUUCGUGACGUGCCGUCACCGCCACUCGACGACGAAAUAUUGGAGCAUUUACAACGCGGCGAACUACCGCCACCCGAUUACGGGUACACGAUAAUUAGGGAACGAGGUCGCGAUAAAUUUGCCGACCGCCGCGGACAACGCCCCCCACGCGUGCAUAAGCGCACGAUCAUCGAGCUACACUUAGAAGUGCUACACGAAUGUGAAGCGGCCGAAUGGGAAAACGUCAAAGACGACUAUUUGCAGAUUGUCGUGGAGCAGUUUGCGCAGGAUUUGAUGCGGUGCGGCCAGGGCUAUAGUAGUUCCUUGGAUGCUCCUAUCACAAACCAGGAUUUAUCAGGGAUCAAUGCAUCCUCCAUGCUCGAUCCACCCACUGACAUCGCACGAACGGACCCUUGUCCAGCGAAUGAACACGACCCCGAUCAAUGGAGUUGUAUGGAAACCAUACCGUUAGACACGGACCCUUGUGCACCUAACGCAGAGGACCGAUGGAAUUGUAUGGAAACCAUGCAGUUAGAUGCACAACAGAGUCGUGCUCAUUCCAACCGCGACCACGUGACGACGUACUGCACCCAAUGGAUUAACUGGAUUGACCGCAACAAAGAUAUUGUGCGGGCGUGCACGACGCAGCCGUGGUUUCUGCAAUUAAAAGCGGAUUGGAAACAAUACCUGCGCGAGCACAUGGCGGAACACGAAGACAACGGAGUAUCCGGCAAUAGUGAACUCGGUGAAGCUGCAAUCCUGCCGAUGAAGAAAGUGCGGUUGUGGAAACAAUGGGUUGCAAAACAACAUGCGCUUAUGCAUAUAUAUGGUGAGGAGGAGUGGUUUCAACAUUUGUUGAAUAAUGUACAGGAGGCGACAGCAACGCACAAAGGCGAAGUAUCAGUAGUCGAAAAAGACUUAGAAGUGGAAAAAGUAAUGGCCGCAGAACAUAUGCUAAGAGUGAGAACUUCGCCAGGCACGCAACCGCUGCAUCGGCAAACUUACAUGAAAAAACGGUUAACCGCUCAAACAUGGAUACUGAUCUUGGCAUUAAUCAUUGAGGAGUGCGAGCUCGAGAGUAGUAUGCAACACAAGGACUUAUAUGUGGAUGAUCUAUUGCAACAGUUUUCACAUUAG